AUGUAAAAAAAAAAAAAAAAAAAAAAAAGAUAUGCCACAGAUAAAGAGAUAGUAGAAAAAACGCAAGAAAUGAAAUAUUAAACUAUUGAUGUCAGGAUGGUAUACAUGCUUACCCUGUCUACUAUGAGUUUAGUUUAUCACUUUUGUUUGCACAAGUACUUAGUCACCAAGGAGACAAUCAGUAGGCCUAUCAGAGUUCACCUGUUUACCCUGCUCCUUGAAUUUUAGAAAAAAAGAAAAAAAGUCGUAUAAUUUUUAAUAUUAAUAUUGUUCAUAAUCUUAUACUGGUAAAGCAACAGUAGUAAUAAUGUUAAUAACAGUAAUAAUUGCAUUUGAAAAAAAAAAUAUUCAUUAAAAUUAAAGCCAUUGAGUAAACAAGUGAGGAUGGGUAGGUCUGGUAAUAAGCCCCAUGGGGAUUAAGUACUUGUCAUAUAUACGUAAAAAGAAUUGACAGUGGCUGGUGUAUGUACCCAGUGCCAGUUGGUCUAAACUAUAUGACUGAUGAAAAAGGUUUGCUCUUGUUGAAGGAAAACAUUUAGUGAUAGAAGUGGAAUGCUAAAAGAAGAGGAAGGUGUUUAGGUUUGAAUGAUAACAUGGUUACACUUAGGUGAUAUAUGAUGCCAGUAGAUUAUUAAGCUGUAAAGUCGGAUGAGAGCAAACAUAGUUCCGAAUCUUUCAUUAUGGUAUGGCAUGUUUAUGUGGACUCGUGGAGCAUUUUAGAAUCCGCCUUAUUAAUACUGGAGUCUAAUGAUGAUUUGUAUGCUUUAUUAACUCCGCAUGAUCUUAUCUUUCCAUAUCUUAGUAUUAUCUCCGUCUUUGGCUCAAGGAUGCAUGACCUGGUCAGAUGAUUUGAUAAGACUAUUAAAUCUGGGCUUGUUCAGUAACAGAUAAUUAUAGCAUGCUGAUCUAUCUCCACCGUUUUCUCUCAUUAGAGAUGUUUGUCUUGUGUUGAGAGUGAGAACUUAGUUUCAAGGCAUUUCUGCAGGUGUUUUUUCAGGACUUUGAGUAUUUGCACAGCUAUCUAAGGCUUACAGAUGACAGUUGUGUAAGGUAACAGUCCCAUACUCAGGCCAUACACAUUCCAAAAUGACUGCAAUAACGAUAGUAGACCGUCUGACCAGGAGGAAAUUUGUAACUUUUGAUGAUACUUCACUCCCUCGUGUUCUGAAUACUGUUGACCUCACAGCUCUUGGUAUUGGCUCUACUGUAGGUGUUGGGUUUUAUGUGUUAGCUGGUGAAGUGGCAAAGACCACGGCUGGACCUGCAGUUACCAUCUCAUUCCUCAUUGCUGCAAUCGCAUCAGUGUUUGCAGGGCUUUGUUAUGCAGAGUUUGGUGCCCGCGUACCAAAGGCAGGGUCAGCCUACAUCUACAGCUAUGUAUGCGUUGGCGAGUUUGUCGCAUUUGUCAUCGGAUGGAACUUGAUUUUAGAAUAUGUGAUUGGCACAGCGAGUGUUGCCAGAGGGUAUAGUGGCUAUGUUGAUAAGCUCGCAAAUAACUCCAUGUCGGAGGCGUUGGGGGAGGCAAUGCCCAUUUCGGUUGGCUUUCUCUCGGAUUAUCCAGACUUCUUGGCCUUUGGGCUCUCCUUUAUAUUGUCAGUUGUAUUAGCAGUGGGAGUUAAAGAAUCAUCAAUGAUGAACAACGUCUUCACAUUUAUUAAUUUGGUGGUAAUUACCUAUGUCAUCAUUGCAGCAGGAACACAAGCCAAAGCGGAGAACUGGGCAAUACCAGAAGCAGAGGUAGAGGCAACGUGCACAAAUCCUAACACAACAUGCAUAGUUGUUGAGAAGGACAAUAGUACAGACUAUGGAACAGGGGGCUUUGCUCCAUAUGGCUUUUCGGGCAUCAUGCAAGGAGCAGCAACCUGCUUCUUUGGCUUUGUGGGUUUUGACUGUAUUGCCACAACAGGUGAGGAGGCUAUCAACCCUGAGCGAUCGAUACCUAUGUCCAUUGGCCUGUCCUUAUUAUUUGUAUUUAUAGCUUACUUUGGGAUGUCAGCAGUUACAACUUUAGCCCUUCCUUAUUGCUGGCAGGAUGAAAAUGCUCCAUUGGUGCAGUUAUUUGAAUGCCUAGAUAUGAAUGUUGCAAAAUGGAUUGUCAGCAUUGGAGCUCUCUUUGGAUUUUCUGCCAGUUUGUUUGGUGCUAUGUUCCCCCUCCCCCGUGUCAUUUACGCCAUGGCCGAUGAUGGAUUGCUCUUCCGGUUUUUAUCGGAGGUUAAUAAGAAGUUCAAGACGCCGGCCAUUGCAACUAUUAUCUCGGGACUCUUUGCAGGGAUCAUGGCAAUGAUUUUCAAUUUAGAUGCGCUUGUGGAUAUGAUGAGUAUUGGCACACUUUUGGCCUAUUCCAUAGUUGCUGUUUGUGUUAUGCUGCUAAGAUACACUGACUUGGAAAUCACAAACUGGAAUUCUGAGUAUACCUUACUUAAAUCCACGUAUGCUGAAGAUGAAGAAGGGGAUACCCAGGGCCUUAGCGAGACUGGAGGGAGGACCAAGCCGAGUCUCAGCAACUCAAAGUACUCGGCAAGGCAGUAUUUCCAGCAGCUAUUUAACGCUAAGGGCUUGAAGGAACCUACAGAUCUGACGGCAUCACUAGCCAGCUAUGCCACUUUAACUUUCUGUAUCCUUGCAAGUGUUCUUGGAAUCUUGCUUGUGGUUUUACAGGAAGAAAUUGGCGGUGGUGAUGUCGGAGCCAUUGUUGCUGUGUCUAUUGCAUCCGUUUUGGUGAUUGUCAAUGUUAUUGUUAUUGCAAGGCAGCCAGAAUCCAAGAAAAAACUGACUUUUAAGGUGCCCUUAGUACCAUGGAUUCCAGCCCUCAGUGCCUUCAUUAACUUGUAUUUGAUGUUUAACUUAUCACCAGCCACGUGGAUUCGGUUUUCAGUGUGGAUGGGAAUAGGCUUCCUCAUAUACUUUCUGUACGGCAUUUGGAAUAGCAAAGAAGAACUAAAACCAAUAAGUAAGUGGAUACAUAAAGACAACCUGGGCUUUGUUAAAGAUGAAGGAAGUAACAGCAAGCUACAGGUGAUACCUACCAUUGAAAUCCAGCCAGCUACCCCUUGCAGCUCCGAACCAAACACGCCGUCCACCGUCCACAAAACACCCAGGGGCAAAACACCUGUCCCAGAAUCCCCACUCGUAACGGCAGAAAGGCAGACCACAUCAGCAGAGGUGCACAGGGAGGAAACAGGGAGUGUCAGUGAAAAUGAGAUAAAGGAGGCAUUGGCUUCGCUGGAUAUGAUUGUUGGUGGAAAUGAAAAGAAGAGGCUCGAUAGUGACACAAAUGCAUCUAUCCUUGAAGACGACCAAGAGCACUCGAGUGGCACUAAACCAUUAUCCAACAGUGAUAUCCAAGCAAGAGAAUUGCCCCCUCUACCAGACGCUGGAGCUGCGGAAGAUGGGAGCUCAUCGGAAAAUGAAGAGGAGACAGAUAAAGAAAGUAAAUCCAGGAAAGAAGAAGGGUCUAGUUUAUCUACUGAUCCUGGCUAUGAAUCCUUGCCACAGGUGAUAGCUAAUAAAGAGCAAAUAGCAAAUGGAGAAGCAGAAGACAAGGCAAGCCAGGAUCCAGGUUACCAAACUAUUGAAGAUGUUAAAGCUGAAGUGGAAAAGGCAGAGAAGGAAAGAAGUGCGCAGGGAGAGGGAGAGAUAAGAAACAAGCCAUUGGAGCAGAGCACAGCUGUUGAGCCAGUGUAUUCCGUAGUUGAUAAGAAAGCCAAAAAGAAACCUGAACCAUUUGACUUACAAGCAGAUAAUGUAGAUAAUGAACCAUCAUUAAAGGGUUCUGCAUCUGCACCUGUUCUUCCCCUCUCAUCCCCGCCACCAGCACCACCACCGCUCCCUCAAGCAGGAAAGGGAUUAUCAACAAGUAGUGUCCCAAGCACCCCAGUGAUUAGGAAACACCCAUUCAAAGUUUUGAAACGUAUGUCUAGUUUUGAUGAUAUACCUCCAUCCUCUCCGGAUAGCCCAUUAGCUCGUCAUUUGAAUAAAUUCAUAAUCAUCCCAGUCCAUGAACCAGAUUCAGAUAGUGAUGUCAGUGUGCAAGCUUCACCUAGAGGAAGUGUGCAAGACCCACUAAUGAAUGAGCUCAUGGCCAGAUUUAAGGAUCAAGAAGGUAAUAAAAGCCCUGAAAAUGACAAGGAUGGUAAAAAAUUGUUUUAUGUGGGUAGUGAGGAUUCUCUAGAAAAUGCUCUGGCAGGAGCUGAUUCAAACAAUUUUGUGACAAAUUUACCAAGUCCCACAAUAACAAGUCAGACUAGAGAAUUUAAGCGAGUGUUGACCAAAGACUCCAUGCUGGACGGUCUAGACACCAUUAGAGAGCGAGGAGAGAGCAAGAUCUUUGCCAGUGAAGAAGACAAACCGAAAGAGAAUGCUGGUGAAAAAUCUCAGGACCUGGACUCACUGCCUGAGGGACUUUCUGAAAGCCAUCAUGAUGCUAAAGAAGAUGCUACCAAAAAGGAUGAAACUCAUAGUCCUACUGAAGUAAUAUCUGAAACUGAAACAAAACCAGAAGUCAGUAUGUCUGAUUCCCAUGAUGAAAAACAACCAGCAGUUGAACAAGUCAGCAAGUCCGAUUCUGAAAGCGAAAAGCAGCCAGAAAUGAAAACUCCCAUCCAUGAGACCGAUCCUGAAACUGAAAGUGCACCAGAGCCUAAAAGUGCUGUAAAGAGGUCUCAAUCUAAUAAUGAAGAGUUCAAUAGACUAAAAGCAAUGUUUAAUAAGUGAAAAGUACAAUGACUGUUUUAUUGUGAUUUUCUUAGGGAUUACAUACUUUCAGUGCAACACUUGUAUUUUUUCUCUCUCUCUCAAAAUACUCAUAAGAUGUCAUUGAAUUAAGAUAUGGAGGAAGAGAUAUUUGGCACAAUUUUAUUAAUUUUACAUAGGUUUUGAUAUUUUUAAAAGAUCAAGAGAAUUAACAAAACUUAGCUGUGUUGUUUAUCUCUAAAGAAAAAUUAAUGUUGCAGUUGUUAAGAAUAAAAGUUUUUUACACUUGUAUUCCUUUUAGUUAAUUUUUAUAUACCUCUGUAAGUUCAAAAAGACCAUUCCAAUGAGUUCCAAAAUCAUAUCUCCAAGUGCUUCUGAAAGUUAUUGGAUACUUUGAUAAAGCUGAUGUGCAGGCAGGUGAUACAGGCUCACCUAAAACAUUAAUUGUGGUUGCAAUUUGGUUGUAGGUAUUUUAUGUAUAAAAAAAGUGUAAAUGUAUCCCAAUAUUUUUUUUUUUUUUUUUUUUUUUUUUUUUUUUUUUUUUUUUUUUUUUUGUCAUUUCUUUUUAUUUAUUUUUUUUUAACUAUCCACUCGCCCCACGAUUAAAAGCACGGAAGAUAUAUAUACGUAAUCUACUCUUGACACUUUUGUAUGUGGCCUACUCUUUUUUUUUUUUUUUUUUUUUUUUUUUUAGGAAAUGAGGCUAAAAUUUCAGGGCCAGACAAGCAAACAGCUGUUUAGCAUACACUUAGAGCAGACUUGACCCCACAUAUGUCAUAGCUCCUUGUCACCUGGCAUUUGCCCAAUUUGCCAUGACAUGAUUUAGGUGUCAUACGGUAUGAGUUGGUUUAAGGUUGAGAAUGCAACGAAAAUGCUGAAUGUUGACUAUUUUUGUAUUGAUAUUAACUUUGAUAUACUUUUGUUAGUAUAUUUGUAUAUAUGUAUGUCUAAGGCUUAGUAUUUCUCUGCCUAUGAAGCAAAAUAGCUUCAUUGUUAAAAAAGGUUAUUGUAAUACUUUUGUUUGAAUUCUUUAUUUUUUGUUUGUGAACAAAGGAAGAACAAAAAAAAAAAUUAUAGAUGAUUUACCAUAAUCUAAUCACCUUUUGGCAAUCAUACAUGAGGAGAAUAUGUUGUCUAUUCUCUGAUGCAGUUGCAGGUUCUGAUAUAAAUAUGGUUUUAGAUACAAAAGCAUGUACAUAUAGUAUACGCACAUACAAGAAUGUGAAUCUAUGGAAAAUAUACUGUUAUUCCAGA